AUGAACCACACAGUAAUCACAGAGUUUGUACUCCUAGGCCUUUCCGACGAUCCUGACCUUCAGAUUGUCAUUUUCCUUUUUUUAUUUCUCACAUAUGCAUUAAGUAUCACUGGAAACCUGACUAUCAUCACCCUCACCUUGGUGGACUCACAUCUGCAGACACCCAUGUAUUUCUUCCUCCGGAAUUUUGCUUUCUUAGAAAUCUCCUUCACAACUGUAUGUAUCCCUCGGUUUCUGGGGGCAAUUGUCACUGGGGACAAGACCAUUUCCUUCAACAACUGUGCAGCCCAACUCUUUUUCUUUAUCUUCAUGGGAGUGACUGAAUUUUACAUUCUAACUGCCAUGUCCUACGACCGCUACGUGGCCAUCUGCAAACCCCUUCAUUACACAACCAUCAUGAGCAGGAGCCUCUGCACCCUGCUGGUGCUGUGCGCCUGGCUGGGCGGGUUUCUGACCGUGUUCCCGCCCCUGAUGCUUCUCCUCCAGCUGGAUUACUGUGCUUCCAACAUCAUUGACCACUUUGCAUGUGACUAUUUCCCCCUCUUGCAGCUAUCUUGCUCAAAUACAUGGUUCCUCGAAAUACUUGGUUUCUAUUUCGCUUUGGUUACUUUGCUAUUCACGUUGGCGUUAGUGAUUUUAUCUUACAUGCACAUUAUCAGGACUAUUUUGAAAAUUCCGUCUGCCAGUCAGAGAAAAAAGGCUUUCUCCACCUGUUCCUCUCACAUGAUUGUCAUUUCCAUUUCUUACGGAAGCUGUAUAUUCAUGUAUGCUAAUCCCUCUGCCAAAGAAAAGGCGUCUCUGACAAAGGGAGUAGCUAUUCUCAACACCUCUGUUGCUCCCAUGCUGAACCCCUUCAUUUAUACCCUGAGGAACCAGCAAGUAAAACAAGCAUUCAAAGAUGUGGUCUACAAAGUUGUGUUUUAUGCAAACAAAUGA